UGACGUACUUCCCUUUUCACGUGCCCUAAGUUGUGUUAAAUGUGCUUUGCACUGCAGCGAUCAUUUGUAUCACAAAUAAUCUGAAUUUUAAACGACAGUAUGUUUAAAAUCGAGGGACUUGGUCCAAAGAUGGACCCUGAGGAGAUGAAGAAGAAAAUGCGAGAGGAUGUUAUCACGUCUGUUCGCAAUUUUUUGAUAUACGUUGCGCUCCUUCGAGUCACACCCUAUGUUUUGAAGAAGCUGGACAGCAUAUGAAACAUCAAUAUGGACAGAAACAUUCCCUGUACAAAUGAACAUACAGUACAUAGACGCUGCUGCAAAGAGACACUUGCCACACAACACCGGAUGAAAUCUGAAGAGAUCCUGUCAGCCAUGCUUUUAUUUAUUUUUUACUUUAUGCAGCUGAAUGUACUUAAUUUUCUCUAUCAUUAAAGUAUACGAGAAAGGAGUUGUUAACAAGAA